CUCUGUCAUCAUCCUCUCUCAAUCGUAUCGCUGCUGUGAUCGAACUCCUCCACACUGCUGGACCCGUAUCCGAGGAAAAGAGUACCGGUCAAACCAUGCAAGAACACACUUCCCUCACGCUAGAAGAAUACAGGCGAUACGGCCGUCAGAUGAUCCUCCGCGGUUUCGGUCUGCCAGGCCAGCUCAAGUUGAAGAACGCCAAAGUCGCCGUGAUAGGGGCCGGUGGACUGGGUUGUCCAGCGCUGCAAUACCUCGCCGGAGCCGGUGUAGGAACGAUAGGGAUAUUCGACUUUGAUACCGUCGAAGCGUCAAACUUGCACCGACAGGUCUUGCAUACCACGGCCCGGGUGGGCGAGUACAAAGCAGAGUCUGCAAAGGCGGCGUUGACGAGCCUCAACCCGCACAUCACCAUCAUCACGCAUACCUGCCCCCUACUCCCUUCGACCGCCCUCUCCCUCUUGGCGCCUUACAACCUCGUGCUGGACUGUACCGACCGCCCCCAGACUCGAUACUUGGUCAACGACGCUUGUGUGAGGUUGGACGUACCGCUCAUCAGCGGAGCAGCUAUCGAAUGGGCUGGGCAGUGGUGCGUCUUGGGAGGGUACCAUCAGGGUGGAUUACCUAUUCCUGCAGCCGAGUCUCGGAGGGAAGAUGGUGAUCACAAGGGGAUUGGUCGAGCGACUUGGCCAGCACCCUCGCUACCAACCGGCUCGAGCGAUCAAAUGUCACCACCACCGACACCCACCCCUCGAACCCGUCGACCGUGUUACCGCUGCCUCUUCCCCCAACCUCUCGCCAACACUUCAGGUAACGACCGCUCAGGCACUUGCGAAGAAGAAGGCGUCUACGGCCCCAUCGUCGGCGUCGUCGGCGUCCAAAUGGCAGCCGAAGCCAUCAAGGUCGUCUUGGGCGUCGACGACCCUCUGCCAAGGUUGAACCUGAUCUCCAUGUCCCCCGCGCUUACUGCGGACCCAGCGAGCACGAGCACGCCGUUCAGGUCUAUCCGGGUCAGGGGACCUUCGGGCAAGUGUAAGGCCUGUGGGGAGGGGCCGGGGGUGGUCGUAGGGGAUGAUCUUGAGGCGGUGGGGUAUGACGAGUUUUGUGGGGUGCGCAAGACGUACGAUCAGUACGCGGGCGAGGGCGAGGACAAGGUGGAUGUGAUGGGGAAAAGGACGACCACGCAGGCGAGCGUGGAGAGGAUCUCGGUGCAAGGUCUGAAAGACGGGUUUUAUGAUGGACGGAUACCGGGUGGAUAUGUUACUUCGCUCGAUCCCGUCUCGCCGGAAAGGUCAGGGAGAAGUGAAGAAGGUGACGGGAAGAAGGUAUUGGUCGACGUCCGGGCGGAGCUCGAGUAUGGCUUGUGUGCAUUACCGGGGUCUACAAAUAUCCCGAUGAAGGCUUUUCUCUCGGACCCGAUCGGCCGACUGAGAUCUAUCAGCCAGACCGCACACCUACCUUCCGAAGUCUAUUUCAUGUGUCGGAGAGGGAACGACAGCUUGAUCUCGGCCGAGGCGCUCAGGGCGGCUUUGAGCGAGAGCGAGAGUGAGGCAGGGAAGGCGGUUGAGAGGUGUCGAGUCAAAGAUGUCGUGGGUGGCGUACGUGCUUGGAGUGACCAGGUCGAUCCUACGUUUCCCAUGUACUAGAUUAACAUGUGUUGACGAUGUGGGUGUAUAUGCUCACGUCACUCGGUCAUCGGGAGUUACGUAACCGGAGGC